AUGUCUGCGACGAGCGAACCUUUCUAUCUCCGAUACUACUCUGGGCAUAUGGGUAGGUUCGGGCACGAAUUCCUUGAGUUUGAUUUCAGAGUUGUGGGAGAUGGAAGAAGUGCAGUUGCGAGAUACGCGAACAACUCCAACUACAGGAACGAUAGUCUCAUUCGCAAAGAAAUGUGUGUGAGCUCAUCUAUUGUGGAGGAGAUAAAACGCAUUAUCAAAACGAGCGAAAUAAUCAAAGAGGAUGAUUCCAAGUGGCCACAGAAGAACAAAGAUGGCCGCCAGGAAUUGGAAAUCAGACUUGGGAACGACCAUAUUUCCUUCGAGGUCAUAUUGAAACGGCUUAUGGCGAUGGUAUCGGCGCAGUUGGCACUUGGGUGCACAAUUGGGAACUUUGGCGCGGAGCAACACCGACCUCGGGUAAUCGGGCUCGAUUCAGUAUACUACGAAGCAAUCACUCCCAACGCCAAAGAAUUCUCCAAAGUCGCAAAACUCAUGGAGCGCUAUAAAUUACAUGAUUUUCUAGGUCCUUAUUUGCAAUAUGCAGCUAUUUGGUUGGAGGCGAUUAGUGUCCCUGUCAGCCCUUCGUACGAUAGUGUACUACCUAAAACUAGACCUAUUAUCUCUGCCUUUACUUAG